UUCCUCUCUCUGUUUUCACGCUCGAGUUGAUUCUCAUUUAAUUCUGUGUUGGCUCCACGCUGUGAUCUAAAACAGUCCAGUGUCGACGAGUAACUGCAACGGUGAAAUGACAGAUCAGAAACAUAACGAGAACACCGUAUCUGAUGAGGAAGAGGGUGAAAAGUCACUCAACUACAAGCCGCCAGCACAGAAAUCCCUCGCUGAGAUAGUGCAGCUUGAUGCAGAGGAUGAGAGUCUGGCAAAGUACAAGAAAAUGCUCCUGGGAUCAGACCUGCCGCUGGUAUCAGAUCCAAACGUUCCCAACGUGACUGUGACACGAAUGACUCUGAUCUGCACUGAAGCACCAGAGCCAAUCACCAUGGACCUUACUGGUGACCUCCGGGCCUUGAAGAGCACAAAGUUCGUGUUAAAGGAAGGCGUUUCCUACAAAGUGAAAAUCCACUUCAAAGUAAAUAAAGAAAUUGUUUCUGGAUUGAAAUACAUUGCAGUCACCUACAGGAAGGGGAUGAAAGUGGAGAAGACAGCUUUCAUGGUGGGGAGUUAUGGCCCACGUGCUGAGGAAUACGAGUUUGUGACCCCCUCAGAUGAAGCCCCAAAGGGUCUGACAGCCCGUGGCCAGUACUUAGUGAAAUCCAGCUUCACAGACGAUGACAAGACUGACCACUUGAGCUGGGAAUGGGCCCUGUGCCUGAAGAAGGAGUGGAAGGAAUAGUUAGUAUGGGAGAGAGAAGGUUCCUGACAUUGCAUCCUGCCACCCAUCACCUUGCCAC